AUCCACAACAUCUUGUACGUCCACUACACCGCAAGGCACGACCAUCAGUUAAUCGUCUCGUACUAGCGAUUCUUUCAACGCAAAAAAGCGCGGACGAAACCCAUCCCGGACUCGCAUAUACGAAACGAUGAGCGGCUGGCGAGGUGGAGGACGAGGUCGAGGUGCUCCUCGAGGUGGUCGUGGUGGUUUCCGUAGAGACUUUCCACCUACCCCUCCUCGAGCUCGAGACCCAGCCAUUCAAGCUAGAGAAAACAUCAUAUUCUUGGCCGACCAAGAGGACUUUAAUGUGUCGACUGAUGUACCCAUGCUCGCUCGAUACUUACGGGAUAAAUGGCCCGUGGGUGCCGCGCCCGGUAUUCUAGAUGGGUUCGCUUGGAGUAUCAACGAACAGGCUCACAAACUCCCUUACUACGCUGCCCUCCUGCUCGUCCUCUCGAAAGAAGAAUUCCACCUGGACAUCGCUCCCGAACGCCGACCACAGGACCCUAUCACCGACCGGGUCAGGGCUCAAGCGAGCGCCUUGGCAUCCAACGAUGAUCCAUUCACUUCAGGACCUCCGGGUGGGGAAGCGGAGGCCGAAGUCGAAGCUGCUUUGGGCGGGGAUGGUGGGGCGGACAAGAUGGUUGUUGAUGGUACCGCCGAGGGUGGAGCUGGAGAAGGUUCGAAUGGGGUAGAUGUCGAGCGGGAACAGGAGAGGAGGAGGAAAGAGAGGUGCUUGUCGUGGUUGAUCCUACGGGAUCUUGGGAUCAGAUUCAGGGAAUGGGUGGAUCAGCGCAGCUGGCUCAAAGUCCGGUUGGCCGUCUCAUUCUUCGGUCAUCUGGUACCCAUCGGUUUGGUUUCGGAAGAAAGCUACCUUGCCACCUUGCGAUCGUUCAUUUCGGUGCUCGAAGAGUUGGGAGGUGGUGGGAAGCGAGCAGAAAAAGUCAUCAGGGUAGUGACGGAGGGGUUAUUGAGGGCUGGGCCUCGAUUCUACGAAUCAAAUAAACAAGCCGUGGACGAGAUCAUCUCGAUCAUCUCGAGUAGCGUGACCUCGAGAGAGCAAUCUAGGGCUUUGCACAAUACGUUUUUCCUUCCUGCCGAGGUUGCACGUGGGGACAUCACUCCGGAAGCCGAUCAGCUCGACAACAUCCUCUCGACCCUCAGGAUGGCUCAGGACGCUGGGUUCAUGAAGGUCACCUGGAUGCCAGAGCCCGCUCGAAGAUUUAUGCGGGAUCCGGAGGACACGGGGGUCAUGGAUCUUUACAAUCUUCCCGAGAUUUCCGUGCCGCCCGAAGCAGAGGGUGGACCGAGUUUGUCCCGUGCGCUCGAAGGAGAAGGACUGAUCGGCACUUUCACCCUUGGAGGCAAGAUCGGGUUGACAGACGGACGAGUCCCCAACCCUUCGACGCCAGACGGAUGGAUGAUGCAAUCGAUGAUCCUGGACAUCCUCUCCAUCUACGAAGUCAACAGGGUCAAAUGUGCAGAGCUCUUGCUCAAGCUGACGGACUUCUGCCUGCUAGAUGUCUUCAGGGGCAAGCCCGCUCCUGGCGAGGAAGAAGCGAGUGAUAUCGCCGUACCUGGCGAAUGGAUCCUCGCCUCUACCCUGAUCUCGAUCAUCCUCUCGGCCAUGUUCAAGCUGCCAAAAUCGCCGCAUCAUGUCAUCUACUUGACUUCGGUUAUUCGAGAGCUGUGUCUCGCAAACGGUGCUAUGAUGGCACCCCCGGUCGGUCUCGCUAUGCGGAACAUCUUCUCCGACUUGGGCAACGGGCUCGAUAUUGAAAUCGCCAGGCGUACUGCAGAAUGGUUCUCGGUGCAUCUCAGUAACUUUGCAUAUCAGUGGAUGUGGAAGGCCUGGAUUCCGGAUCUUCAACUCCCAAUGACCCACCCCAAACGGGCCUUCAUGCACCGUCUGGUGGAGCUGGAGAUUCGUCUGGCUUACCAGGAACGAGUAUUGGAAACAUUACCCGAGGAGAUGCAAGACGAGCGGGACGCACCCGCUCUGCAGAUGCCCGACCCAGUCUUUGUCUACGAAGAUCCCAACCAUCCUGAACACGAGAACGCUACAGAGAUCUUGAGCAUGCUCAAUGCCAAAGCCUCAUGGGAGGACGUUCUGACUCGACUGCGAGAAGUCUCCGGUUGCACCGGUUCGACCGAUGUCAUCCCUCAGGAGUAUCGUCGCAUUGCAGUACACGCCGUGCUUCACAUCGGUUCGCGGUCGUUUUCGCAUUUCUUGAAUGCUACCGAACGAUACCUCCGGCUCAUUCAAGAAUUGGCUCAUACGCAAAAGGGUCGACGCGAAUUGCUGGUAUUCGUCCGGGACUUUUGGCAAAACUCGAGUCAGAUGCGGGUCAUGGUCAUCGACAAGUACCUGCAGUACAACCUGGUCGAUUACGAAGACGUUGUGGAAGCCACAUUCGGAGCCUUUUCCGCCCGGCCUGAAGGGGUCCGACCAGAUUGGCCGACUGUCUGGACCGACUACCACGCGUGGGAGCUGCUAAACAACGCCUUGAUCAAGAGUAAGGGUCGCUUGGUAGCGAUUAGCAAGAGGAUCACGGAGACGGAACGAGAGGACGAGACAAUUCGUGCCAAGAGGAAUGCAAUGGUAGACAAUGCCACGCCGAUGAAUAUUGGGGAAGAUGGGGAUGUCGAUAUCAAGGAAUCGACCGACAGCAAACCGGAACAGGUCUCGCGAGAGGUUCAAGAGCUGUUGCGCCGGAAAUCCGAGCUAGAAAGCGAUCAAACAAAACUCAUUUCGAAAGUGGUAUCGAGCUUCGUCAACAGCCUGGUACCGGGACGAAGUAGCGGUGUGGCUGUGCCUUCACAACUCGACAAGGUCAUUGAUGGCGAUUACAACGACCCUCUGGUAUGGGACACCGUCGCACGAUUGGGUUUCUAUCGAGAGUUUAUGCGAAGUUUCGGCAGCGACGUGAAGGCGAGCGCGUCGGAACUCGAACCGUUCUUCAAGGACUUGCCCGCUGGCGUGGACCCUACCGCGGAGUCAUCUACUUUGGGAGCUCACCUCGUUCGUGUCAUCUAUGAGCAAGCAGUUACUCUAUAGUCAAAGCAACUGCCAUAUUCUGUAGCAACACUAUGAGCCGCAUUACGACAUG